AGUGUUGUUCUUGCUUUGAAUGGAUGGCCUUCCUACUGUUUUUUGGUGGUUGUGUAUGCGUGUUUUUUGUGUUGAUGUCCAUUGAACUAAGCUGCCAAAUGCACAAUGGUCAGCUUGCCCCCUACCCCCCUAUGGUUAUGGAAGAGCCAACAUGGGUUGAUUUGUGGUUGAGGGAGUGGCCAUUGUUUAAUGGAGCAGAUUCUAAGGCAUACUUGGUAUAUUUUUGGUGAUCUUAUGGACGUUUCUUGCUGUAGUGUGUGUUGUGGGCAAGGUUACGUUGAAUUGGACAAUGGUUUCCUGCUGGACAGUGGCAUUUGUGGGCUGGAAGUUGUGUUUUACUGUGCUAUUGUUCUCUUUGUGCAGUCACUUGUUUGGGCUUGCUGUUUGGAGCUUGUUGUUUGUGAUUUGGGCAGUGUGGGGCUGGUUUUGGAGCUAGGUUCCAGUUGCUGUUGCAGACACCUUGCUGGUGGAUAAUUUGGGCUGAAACUCAUGUCUCCAGCAGAUUCUCACCUUGUGAAGGCGGCCUCUUGUGCUUCGGUAUUGGAUCUGUUCUCAAGGUUUGUUUUUUGAUCUCAACAUUUAAAACCCUCGGCUAUAUUUUUUUUAGCAACAUACUGUUUGAUUGGUUUCAUAUUUUCAUGUUAACAAUUGUGACUUUAAAACAUAUAUUAAGAUGCUAAGAAAUUAUGCUAGUAGUA